CUCGAGCAACAGAACUCACUUACACCUCGACUACUCUACCUACACGGUGCAUAGCCGCAACUAGACGACCUCUGACACUCGCAAAGAACCUUACGAGCCUCUCGACAAAGGCUGAAUUCAUUUCCUCCCCACGAGCGACAGAUUCUAACCCGCCACAAUUAAGUGACACCCCGCGACAAUCCUGUCUCCUGCCUCUCGAUUCCUCUCUACCCUCUCCCACGCCUUUUCUCCAAGCACCACUGAAUCUUUCGUGACCCAGAAAGGGUUGUUACCGUCAACCCGAUUUGCUGCUAGCAAAAACAGCAUAUCCCCCCCUUCAAUAGCAAAUCCUUCACACCCUCUCCCACAAUGACGGACGCUUUAGCAGCACAGCUCAACAAAGCCUCUUUGAACGAUGGCGCAGACGAGUCGAACUGGAAAGAUGCCCUCAACCUUCCAGCAAAAGAUACCAGGCAACAGACUGAAGACGUGACCGCUACAAAGGGCUUGGAUUUUGAAGACUUCUACAUCAAGCGUGAACUGAUGAUGGGCAUAUUCGAAGCCGGAUUCGAAAAACCCUCUCCGAUCCAAGAAGAAACCAUACCUGUUGCCCUGACUGGCCGAGAUAUCCUGGCCCGAGCAAAGAACGGAACCGGCAAGACGGCUGCCUUUGUCAUUCCUACCCUUGAACGAAUCAAUCCCAAAAACCCAAAGACCCAAGCGCUGAUCCUUGUCCCCACUCGAGAACUAGCUUUACAAACAUCACAGGUCUGCAAGACCCUCGGAAAGCACUUGGGCAUCAAUGUCAUGGUGACCACAGGUGGCACCGGACUCAAAGACGAUAUCAUCAGGUUAGGGGAAACAGUACAUAUCAUCGUCGGUACCCCUGGGAGAAUCCUCGAUCUGGCAAGCAAAGGUGUUGCAGACUUAUCCGAAUGCCCUAUAUUUGUCAUGGAUGAAGCCGACAAGUUGCUCUCUCCGGAGUUCACGGUCGUCAUUGAGCAGCUCCUUUCCUUCCAUCCCAAAGACCGACAGGUUAUGCUUUUCAGUGCCACUUUCCCAAUGAUAGUCAAGGCGUUCAAAGACAAACACAUGCGAAAUCCCUACGAAAUCAACCUCAUGGACGAGUUAACUUUGCGUGGUAUAACUCAGUACUACGCCUUUGUCGAGGAGAAGCAGAAAGUUCAUUGCCUGAACACAUUAUUCUCGAAACUCCAGAUCAACCAGUCGAUCAUCUUCUGCAACUCGACCAACCGGGUCGAGCUUCUCGCGAAGAAAAUCACGGAGCUGGGGUAUUCGUGCUUCUACUCUCACGCCAAGAUGCUGCAGCAGAAUCGCAACAAAGUCUUCCAUGACUUCCGUGCCGGUGUCUGUCGAAACCUGGUGUGUUCGGAUCUCCUCACUCGCGGUAUUGAUAUUCAAGCUGUCAAUGUGGUCAUCAACUUCGACUUCCCCAAAAAUGCCGAAACCUACCUUCAUCGCAUCGGUCGUUCUGGACGAUUUGGUCACCGUGGUCUCGCUAUCAACUUGAUCAACUGGGAUGAUCGUUUCAAUUUGUAUAAGAUCGAACAAGAGCUGGGUACGGAGAUCCAACCGAUUCCUCCAUCUAUCGACAAGAGUCUGUAUGUGUAUGACAACCCUGAGACAAUUCCACGCGCAAUGCCCCCUCCGGCACAGGCGCAGAAGGCCCACGCGUCGAAUGUAAAUGCCACUGCAAACACCACCGCAAAUAACAAUGCUACCAACACCAAUGGUCAAUACCAGCAGGCUCGCAGACCACAGAAUCAGUCGAAUGGAUACGGCCAACAAUACAACAACCAAGGACGUGGUGGAUACCGCGGACGAGGCCGAGGUCAAGGUGCUCGAGGCCGCGGAGGUCAUCCUCAACAGCUAACAGCAGCACCCGUGGGUCAAAUCGCUCACUAGUUUGUGAUUUGGACACUUCGAUCUAGCGGCGGCUUUUCUCUUCCAAUUUUUGUUUCCCGGCGUUUUCUUCAUUUCCAUGGUACGAAGGUCUAUGACAUGCGACAUGCGCAAGCUGGGAGUUUUCAAUAAUGGCUGGCUCAUGUGGUUUCCUUGCUAUCAGAUCUGUACAACAGUGUUGGUACAGUUUCUACUACUUUCUUGGGAUGGGUGUUUUCUGGAUGGAUUGCCACGGAUGGAGGGAAGGCUGCCGGCUCCUCUACCAAGCAAGCCUCGGUCGGGGAUUUAUGGCUUAUGACAUUGCAUGUCUUGAAAGAGCCACGUUCUCUUUGGAGUCACGGAGACAACUGGCGCAAAAGUUUCGGUGAAGGUCAGUGCAGCUUCCUACAAGGAUUGUAGAUCUGCAUGGCGUUGCUUGGCUAUUUGCAUUUCUCUCAUUCAGAUCUCGGACAUACCAGCCACACGAUUCCUCCUCCUCCUAUCACUGUCACGAAAUUCGAUACUCGACGCUCAUCCCGUUCAACUCUAUCCACUUCGACACCAGUCCUACGGAAUGACCUAAUCAUCAAAUACGUCUGGCGCAUAUUCACUCAACAUCUCUGCCGGUUACCAGCGGGACACCCUCUUUUCGACUCUUUCGCAGAAACGACACUCAGAUCCAGAACCCACCACGACAUACCGAUAUAUCAACAGCGCAUACCUAGUCCCCUGCAUUACUACCUCACACCGAAGCAUCGCUUCGAUUGUAACCCCAUGAUUACCUCUCCUUGACGCCUUCAUGUCACCUGGCGCGGCUCAUUGCUGGGACCUGACACCAAUUUUCAUUACGAAAGACGACAAUUGUCUGUCAUCGAAUCCACUUCAAUCCAACAGCGGACAUUCUUUGCCAUGCCCUGAUACCGGAAAGGGGAAGGCACCGCUUGAUAGAUGCAAGCAGAUCUCAGAAGCACUCUGACCAGAAAUAAGAAAAAACCAAAAAAAUAAAUAGGAGGAAAGCCGAUAGCCUGAACAUCCGAAUUUGUUCGUAAGACUUGUAUGUCUUUCACGGGAAAGCAGACUGAAACACCACACAGACCAACAAAAACUGCGAACGGAUUGCACAGUGAACCGAUACCCGAGCAAAAGGCCCGAAGCCAUGUGCCUGCGACGAAAGAACUGUGACAGUUUGGACUACUGGUGGGGUGGAAAUGGCUAGACAAGUUAUCAGGGCAGCCUAGCACAGACCAGAUGAAGCGACACUCAAGUAUUUGUGUGUGCGUCUAGGGUUUUCUCCUUGCGCACCUCAGUCCAGGUCGAAUACGCUGAAUGAGAAAAUUGCCCUCUUCCUCUAAAAA